AUGUUCUUGGCUCAUAUUGACAGGCUGACAGAGCUCGUCAACCGCGGAAGAGGCGAAAAACAGACCAGCUCCCAAAGGCUGCAGUGACGCUCACCACCAUUCAAAGGUCCCCUUCAGCAACACGGCAGCAUGGGAUCUCCUCGCUCAGCAGAUAUGAGCAGCACAUUUCGGGUCCUGUGGGCCCUCGUCUCCUUGGCCGCCCUGUCGGCGUCGGCUCCCCUUUCCCCGGGGGCCGUGGAGGACGCCAACCGCGAUGAUCCCGAGCUGGAGGCCUGCGCCGCCUUCGCCCUCCGGACCUUCAACCACUUCAACAAGGACCCACACCUCUAUGUCAUCACCAAGAUCACGUCUGCCAGAAAGGCUAACGUCGGUGGAGGCCGGUAUGACAUGUGUGUGGAGCUGAGGAAAACCCAGUGCAUGAAGCAGGACCAGGUGGCUAAGGACUCUUGCCAGGUGCUCUUGCCCCCUGAUGAUGAGGUGUUUCGGUGCCAGUUUGCGGUUCUCAGCGCUCCGUGGAGGAAUGAGCGAGCUUUGAUCCGCAACUCCUGCACCCCUGCAGCCAAAAGUGGACGUGAUUCACAGUGACGCAUAACGGUUGUCCUUACGGGCUACUAAGAGGAUUUGGAGGAAUAAGAGAAAUAUUUCAGUCCUUUGUUACUCCAAAAUGUAUCGGCGCAAAGCAUGGUGCUUUAUAAUAAAAGU